UUUGUUUUAAACUAUGUUAUAAAUAAGUUACUUUAUUUUUAAUUUGACUCUAUUUAUUCAUGGAAAAGUUGGAAACAAGACAAAUAUCAUUUAAUUGAAAAUGUCCAAUUUACGCCCUAGUGUUACGUACACCUAGGCUAAAAAGGAGGAUGGAAAUGUUGAAAUAAUGCCUUAAGCCAUCCAAUUUAAGAUUAUGAAUGAAACACAGCUUUUAGAAAGAAGCUGUGUUGUUGAGGGCAGCAUCACAAUGCCAGCUUCGGAAAAGAAUGCCAGCACACAUUGGAAGGAGUUUGCUUGUGGUGGAGGAUCAGCUUUUUGCAAUAUUCUGAUUAGUUACCCACUUAAUAAACUUAUAUUUAGACAGAUGAUGCAUGGAGUAGAAGCAACAUUGGCAUUAAAUCAAUUGCAAAAGGAGGGAUUAACAUUUUUAUACAGGGGAAUGCUUCCCCCGCUAUUACAGAGGUCAAUCUCUAUGUCUCUCAUGUUUGGUGUAUACGAUGAGUGCCUCCAACCCUUACUGCAUCACAAAGUCAACCCUUAUGUUGCCAAAUCUAUAGCUGGAAUGGUGGCAGGUUGCUUUGAAGCAACACUUAUGCCAUUCGAAAGACUACAAACAUUGCUGAUUCAUCCCAAAUUCCAUAAGGAGUUCAAAAAUACUGCUCAUGCAGGCCGUCAUAUUGCCAAAUAUUAUGGUAUUAAGGAAUUUUACAGAGGGCUUGUACCAAUUCUCUUCAGAAACGGCCCAUCUAAUGCUUUGUUCUUUAUCAUUAGAGAUGAAGUUCAACUGCGGAUGCCACGGCAAGAGUACAUUUUGUAUGAAAGUCUUCAGAAUUUUUUAGCGGGAGCUUCAAUUGGUGCAUUCCUCAGUACAUUGUUUUAUCCCUUGAACGUUAUAAAAAUAGCUAUGCAAUGUGAACUAGGUGGUCCUCAUAGAACAAUUACCUAUGAGUUCAAAUAUAUAUUACAUAAGCGAGGAUCAAAAUUUGCUAAUUUCUAUCAUGGAGCCCUUCUUAAUAUAUCAAGAGCAUUUUUAAGUUGGGGCAUUAUAAAUGCCUCUUAUGAAAUUUUUAGGAAAAUUUUAUACGCCUAG